AUGUUUCUACGCCGUUGCACUUUUCUGCUGUUACUCUGCCUAAUUGCGAGUGACGCGAACGCUGCGCGCAAAACAAAGCGUCCUGUCAAGCCCGCCAAGCAGACAAUACCACGCACCAAUGUGACGCCAGCGCCUGCGGCAUUAGCUGCCACAACGGGUAGCAACAGCGGCACCACCAGCGAACAAAUCGCCGAUGUGGCACCACUGACCACCAGCAGCAGCAGCAGCAGCAACAACAACAACAUUGAGUUGCCUAAACCCCUGGUGCCACAAAUUGAUGCACAGCCUGAGCCCAAGACAGACAAAUUGCCAGAGACGGACGAGGAAUGCGAUCCAGAUAUGAUUGGAUUUGAAAUAAUUACAGGUUAUGUGCUGUCGGCACCCUCAAAAUUGUUGGAUACACUUGCCGGUACUCUGAUGCUUACGGACUGUUUGGAGGCAUGUCAGAGCAAUGAAUCCUGCAGUUCUGUCAACUAUGAAACCGGCUUGUGUGUGCUGUUCAAGACGACCGCCGAUAAAUUGCCAGGCUCACUUUCGCGCUCACAGUUUCCGGUUUUCACGAUCUACGCACAGAAAUCGUGUUUGGGCGUGCGUCCUUGCUCCAAGGCCUGGUGCGUUGAUCGCGUUCAAGGUUACCGCCUCCCCGAACAUGUCAAAUCUAGUCAGACGGUCUUGUCGCGUCGCGACUGCCUGGAACUCUGCCUGGGCGAAACGGAGUUUACAUGCCGUUCGGCCAACUUCUAUCGUCACUCGGGACUCUGUGAACUGUCGGACAUGGAUCGUAUAACCCUGUCAGCUGGCAACAGCGUUGAGGCCUAUGAGGGAGCUGAUUACUUGGAGAACAACUGUGCUGAGGAGCCGAGCAAACUGUGCGAAUUCAAGCGCAUUUCGGGCAAGAUUAUGAAGACAGUGGAUUCCGUUUAUCAGGAUAUUACCACCAUUGAUGAGUGCCGUGAUCUCUGCCUGAACUCACCAUACAGAUGCCACUCGUAUGACUACAAUGACACUGGCGAUAUGGUCUGUCGUCUGUCGCAUCACAGUCGCGCCACGUUGACGGAUGUGAAUGAUCCCUAUUUGGAUGUGCCAGAGGCAGCCACCUACGAGUUGUCCGCCUGCUACAAUGUGUCGAUUGAAUGCCGUUCCGGUGAGAUGAUCACCAAGAUUCGCACCUCCAAACUGUUUGACGGCAAGGUCUAUGCCAAGGGAGCACCCAAGUCUUGUGCUGUGAAUGUGAACAACUCGUUGGAGUUUGAUUUCCGCAUGGGCUACAAUGAUCUCGAGUGUAAUGUGCGUCAAAGUGCCUAUGGUCGCUAUAUGAAUGAUAUUGUGAUACAGCAUCAUGAUAUGAUUGUCACCUCAUCCGAUCUGGGACUCGCUGUCAGCUGUCAAUAUGAUUUGACCAACAAAACAGUAUUGAAUGAUGUUGAUUUGGGUGUCACUGGCGAGAUUGAAUCAUCGCUUAGCGAAGAGAUUACCAUCGAUUCACCGAAUGUCAUAAUGAAGAUCACGUCACGCGAUGGCAGCGAUAUGAAGCGUAUUGCCGAGGUCGGUGAUCCGUUGGCAUUGCGUUUCGAAAUUGUUGAACAGAACAGUCCAUAUGAGAUCUUUGUACGCGAACUUGUUGCCAUGGACGGAUCGGACAGCGCGGAGAUUACACUGAUCGAUGCUAAUGGUUGUCCCACCGAUCAAUACAUCAUGGGCACCAUACAGAAGCUGUCGCACAAUCGUAAAGUUCUUCUCUCCCAGUUUGAUGCCUUCAAGUUCCCAUCGAGUGAGGUGGUACAAUUCCGUGCACUGGUUACACCCUGCAUUCCACGCUGUGAGCCCGUCAUUUGUGAUAGCGAAGAUGGCGCCAGCGGUGAGCAGAAAUCUCUUGUCUCCUUUGGCCGCAGGAAGCGUUCGGUUCUCAAUGGCACCGAUGGUGCCGAGUUCAUGGUCAGCACACGCCAGCAGCGUCAGCGUCGAGAUGUUAGCCCAACCCCAGCCGAUGAUAACAUACUGCUCGUGCAGUCCAUACAAAUCACAGACAAGUUUGGCUUCCAGGCCGAGGAUGGCAGCGAUCUUGCCAGCAUGAACGCUGCCGAGCCCCAUGAGAAGGCCUACGCGGGCGUUGCUCAGGACAAGCUCACUUGUCUUAAUGGCUAUGGUCUCAUUUUUGCCGGCUCACUAUUUCUACUUGCCCAGCUGAGCAUCUUUGGCAUUUGGAAGACUGUGCAGCGUCGCACGCGUAAAGAGCGUUAUCUUUAUCAGCAGGAGCCCACGCCCACUAUUACAUACGGUGCGCCCACAAUUCUUUACGGACCACCACCGUCCACAGCCUCGGGUGCGUCGCAUGUGAGCAGCGCCAAGGAUACGCUGAACAAACUCUAUGACAGCGGCAUCAAUGGACGCUAUGGGCAACAAUACUAGAUGUGGAUGCCAGAAUACAUAGCUCUCACAAUUAGCUGGGAAUAAUCGCAAUAUGCCUCGAAAGCUUCAAAAGAUUCGAUGAGACUUGAAAUACUUAGCACAUAUUCGCCAAGCAGCGAUCCAUGAAAAUCAUUUGAAAAUUUUAGUUUAAUUUUACGUAAUCUUAGCUUAAGCAUAAUUAAGAAUUAAUUUUACUAUCAAUUACGAACAUUUUCUUUAAAGAAAAAAAAAACCAUUCAAAUGCGCGCUUUUAAAUGCACUGGAAAAUCCCACAGCAUUUUCCAGCAUUUUAAAACUGCGCAUUGCAUAGAUAAACUGCGAAUUUAGCAAAUGAAAGUUCAUCAAAACAUUUCUAGCAAAUUUUUAAGUUUUUAGUAACAGUUUAUUUCUCUCUCUUCUAGCAAAAAUUAGGCUAAUUUUGUGUGAAGUGAAUAUACAUAUAUUUCUUGGAUGCGAGUAUCUAAAAUCUAAGUCUAAAACUGUAGCAAAUGAUGUGCAUUUAUAACUAUUAUCUAUUUUAUUUAUUUAUUUAUGAUUCGAGCUGCUUUAAUAAUAGACGCUGCCAAAAAAACAUUUCCGCAUAUUUGCCAAAUAAUUUUGUAUCAAAAUAUUUGUGUCAAAUUCAAUUGCAAUCGGUGGCGUCUUUAAAUUCUCGAAACAACUAUUUAUUUAACGUACUUACUUACUAUUAUUGACUUAACUAUUUAUUGCUAAUACAUACAUAUUUAUUGCUAAUUUAUUGCCGAACCGCAGAGAGGUGCUAAGUUUUAGGUGCUUAGUAAGGGGGCUAAACAUGCAACAUCAGCAUAAAAGGCUAACAUUUAAGUUUUUAGAUUAUACGAGACAAUGCAUUCAUAUAUGAAUCUAUUUUUUCUAAACAAAUUGUACUGAUUAAGUAAAGCAAUAAACUCUACGCAUAAUAAA